AUGGGAUCUUUUUCUUUCACAAGUCCUCUCCACUCCAUGCAGCUUUUUGGGCUUGCCUCGUUUUCUGACAAAAACCAUGAAUUGCCCCGUACUUACCUCGCCACUUAUCGCUGCAAUAGAAGGUCUUUCGAUUUUCCUGGCGGUAAUCUCUCGAGAAGAAGAUAUCGCCAAUCUGUCCCAGUUGCAGCUGUGGGAGCAAGUGUGACAAACUCUGUACCUGGAAGUGUGCCGAGGAAUGGGGCGUACACAGUUGGUGAUUUUAUGACAAGGAAAGAAUAUUUACAUGUUGUGAAGGCCACAACAACUGUAGAUGAAGCUCUAGAGAUGCUUGUGGAGAAGAGAAUAACCGGCUUCCCCGUGAUUGAUGAUGACUGGACUUUGGUUGGUGUUGUUUCAGAUUAUGACCUUUUGGCACUUGAUUCUAUAUCAGGUGGCAGUCAAGGGGAUGCAAACAUUUUCCCUGACGUCGAUAGUUCUUGGAAGGCUUUCAAUAGGAUACAGCGAUUGCUAAGUAAGACUCAUGGCAAAGUUGUCGGUGACUUGAUGACACCCGCACCACUUGUUGUUCGGGAAACUACCAAUUUGGAAGAUGCUGCCAGGUUAUUGCUGGAAACGAAAUACCGCCGAUUGCCUGUGGUAGAUGGCAAUGGCAAAUUGAUUGGAAUCAUAACAAGGGGAAAUGUGGUCAGAGCUGCCCUGCAGAUGAAGCACGCGAACAAGCAUUCUUCUUGAUAUUCAGUAAAUAAAGCAUUACAUACUAUUGCAGAAAUAGGAACUUUUUUUUGUCCGACCCGAUUCUAGCAGAUGAGAAGGGUGCGGGAGUACACACGAAUUCUUGCCCAUGCGAAACAGGCAAAGUAUCGAUGAGAGUUGAUUGUUUGUCAUCCAAACUAUUGGAAAAUUUUCCAGGACAUGGCAUAACAGAAACAGUGCACCUGUUAUGUCCUGUUAAUUUUUUAUAGGAUUGGAUCUUAUUGAUACAGCAGGUAAAUCUAGGAUCAAGUCAGCUGUGAUCCGUUGCCGAA